GGCCUCCGCCAACUAUGGCGGGCGAGCUUGAGGGCGUUAAGCCGCUGAGCGGGUUGCUGAGCGGCCUGGCUCAGGACGCUUUCCAUGGGCACCCGGGCAUCACAGAGGAGCUGUUGCGGAGUCAGCUCUAUCCGGAGGUGCCACCUGAGGAGUUCCGCCCCUUUAUGGCGAAGAUGAAGGGGAUUCUUAAGUCUAUUGCAUCUGCAGACAUGGAUUUCAACCAGCUGGAAGCAUUCUUGACUGCUCAAACCAAAAAGCAAGGCGGGAUCACAUCUGACCAAGCUGCUGUCAUUUCGAAAUUCUGGAAGAGCCAUAAGACAAAAAUCCGAGAGAGCCUCAUGAACCAGAGCCGCUGGGACAGUGGGCUUCGGGGCUUGAGCUGGAGAGUUGAUGGCAAAUCGCAGUCAAGACACUCAGCUCAAAUGCACACUCCUGUUGCCAUAAUGGAGCUGGAAAUAGGGAAAAGUGGACAGGGUGAACAAGUACUGUGGACUAGCAGCCAGUGUCAAGGAAAAGCGAAAAGAAGUAACAGAACAGGACUUUAGGGACCAGGGUUCUAUUCCUUCUCCUAUCAACUAUCAAAGAAAUAGUCUGGAAUCUGAAUUUCUGUGUUUGGAGUUUGAUGAGGUCAAGGUCACCGAAGUCCUGAAGAAGCUCUCAGAGGUAGAAGAAAGUAUCAGCACACUGAUGCAGCCAGCCUAGCUGAAGAUGGAGCUGUUGAAGCAAAGGUGUUCAUGAUCCCUCCCCAGGGACCUGCUUUUUUAAAAAAAAAAAAAAUCUUAUUCCCCCAAUAGUAUUAAAUCCUCAAGUUCAAAUCUU